AUGCGAUCAUCUCACUACCGCGCCUCAGCUCAACGUGCGGACUGUUCUUCUGGGGCGCACCGUCGAGCGUAUCGCUGCCAAUCCUCCGCCGCGUGGGAAGAGAAGAUCAUGGACGCAGUUACGGGCUUAUGGAGUUCGAGAACGAGCUGGCCAUAUUACUGGAGUUUCCAGAGCUUCGCUGCAUCGAUGAUCUCUUUGAAGUGCGCGGUAAUAUCACAAGGCACCUCCCCACCUACCUAUCCCACUCUCCCCGUCUGCUCCUUGUCUCGUUGUCCGCCUACCAGUGCCUCUACCUGCGUAUGGGUAUCCGGAGAAUGA